UCAGUCAUGUGAUCAGCUGUGUCCAAUCACAGCUGAUCACUGAUGAUCGGUGUGCCCUGAUGAUCAGUGUGGCUCCAGAAGUGCCACCUGUCAGUGUCCAUCAGUGCCAGCUGUCAGUGCUGAACAGUGCCACAUGCCAGUGCCCAUCAGUGCCACAUCAAUGCCACAUAUCAGUGCCUACCAGUGCGCAUCAAUGUCACAUAUCAGUGCCCAUAUGAGCUGCCUUUCAGUGCCACCUAUCAUUGCCAAUCAGUGCCACCUAUCAGUGCUGCCAAUCAGUGCCAUCUAUCAGUGCCGCCUAUCAGUGCCGCCUAUCAGUGCCACCUAACAGUGCCAGUCAGUGCCACCUAUCAGUGCCAGUAAGUCCUGCCUAUCAGUGACACCUAUCAGUGCUGCUUUUCAGUGCCCAUCAGUGAUGCCUGUCAAUGCUCAUCAGUG